CUCUCUCUCUCUCGCUCUUGCUCCCUCCCUCUCUCUGUGUGUUACCGUCUGUAUUUCCUGUCAGUGCUCAGGUGUGUCUCAGUCUCACCUGUCUGUCUGUCUGUCUGUCUGACUCGAUGAUGGAGGAGACAGUCGGCCUCGCCGCGGUGACCGUGCUUGGCGUCCUGGAGCAAGGUAAGCUGGGAAAUGUGAGUGUAGAUGGACAGGUGAUGAAACAUGAAGGCUGCAGGUGAUUAAUUAGAUUAAUUAGAUGUUGAGUCUGUUCUGAGUUCAUUGGAUGUUUUUAGUUUUUAACUCGUCUUUAUUUAAAUGAUUUGAUCCCCGAGCGUCGCCUCGUUUGUUUAUUUGACUGUUUUUAUGAAUCGACUUUGCAUUUUCUACAAACACAGUUUGAACUUUGAGCUGCUGCUGUGUGUGUGUGUGUGUGUGUGUGUGUGUGUAGCGUAUUUCUCUCUGCAGGUGAUCUACUCCAGGAGGAAGCACUCCGUGUCUCCGCCCGCCACCUCUGGGCCGCCGGAGUUUGAGCGAGUGUUCAGAGCUCAAGCAAACUGUUCCGAGUACUUCCCGAUCUUCAUCGUCGUCCUGUGGACGUCCGGAGUCUUCUUCAGUCAAGGUCUGUCCUCAGUCUGCGGUCUUCUCUAUCUUCACGCUCGUCUUCGAUACUUCAGAGGAUAUUCACAGUCAGCACAAGGACGUCUGGCUCCGCUGUACUUCAGCGCUCAGGUUCUGUGGGCUCUGAUCGGGUUCUCGUCUCUCGGCGUCGUCUUCACGUUCUGCCGGGUCUACCUGAACCUGGACCUGCUGCAUGGGCUCUGCUGCGCCCUGAACCUCGUCUGAAGGAGCUGACGGAGGUCGAAGGUCACGAGGAUGUCAUGACAUCAUGACGGAGAAAAUUAAGCUGAAACGAAGCUUCAACGUUUAUCUAACGUUUAUCUAACGUUUAUUUGUUUUUGAAUUUUUAUUUAAUAAUUUAUUUCUUUUGUAAAGUUUGUCACAUUUCAGAUUUAAUAACAAUAUAAAAUCUUAAAUCAUUAAAAUCAGUUUUGUCUUGAACGCAGACUCUGAUUGGUCUGAAGUCACGUGACCACGACCUGUGCAUGUUUCUGAUUGGUUGAUUACUUUGUGUUUUUAUAUGAUUGGAUGUUUUUUUUACAUUUUUUAAUGAUGAUGAUAAAGUCGACCUUUGACCUCUGCUGACUGAACUCUGUGACUCCACCUGUCCACCAGGUGUCUCUCUGUCCUGGUCUCAUGUUUGACCACAUGGGGGCGCUCUGUCACCUGAAGAAGAAUUUAUUUAAAUAAAAUGAUAAAAAUAAACAUGAAGACAAACAGCUGAUCAGAUUCAGACGAGUUUUUCCACUUCCAGGGUACAAAAGAAGGAAAAGCCUACGUCCUUUCCUAGACCUCGAUGGAAAAUGUCUCAAGGUCAUAAGGACAGAUGUGAAGGAGAGGAGAUGAGGACAGAUGUGAAGGAGAGGUGAUGAGGACAGAUGUGAAGGAGAGGUGAUGAGGACAGAUGUGAAGG